AAAACGAUAAAACCGAAGCUUCCCUACUGCCAGCCGCCUGCCUAGCAUAUUGUCCAUUGUUUUUUUCCUUUUCGAUUCUUUGAUUUGAGAAAAGAAACAGAAAAAAAAUGGGUUCUUUCUUUUCAUCCGAUUCAACGCCAGAAAAGCCAUCAUCUUCAUCUGAGCCUUCAAGCGUCCUAACCUUUCAUUCAUCACCCAGAUGGCAACUUCACUUCAACUCUGUCAAAGAAACCUCACAGCUUAUGGUUAUAGAUUUCUCAGCUUCUUGGUGUGGGCCAUGUAAAUUCAUGGAACCUGUUUUGAAUGGCAUGGCUGCUAAGUUUACUGAAGUUCAGUUUGUAAAACUUGAUGUUGAUGAACUGCCUGAUGUGGCGCAGGAAUUUGGGGUUCAAGGAAUGCCAACUUUCGUGUUGCUAAAGAAAGGGAAGGAAGUGGAUAGGGUGGUUGGAGCCCAAAAGAAUGAUCUUGAGAAGAAAAUUGAGAAACACAGGGAUCUGGUAGCUGCUACUUGAACUUUCAGCUUGUAUUUUCUCCAUUAAUAAUGUCUAAUGGGAUUUCCCUGAAUUUGAUUAUGUUUAAACACUUUGUUGUGGAACAAUGAUUGGGUCCUUUCUCUUGCAUUCAUUUUCUUUUCAUCGCCCCACAAUCCCUCUUAUGUGUUGCUUUAAUGUUAACAUGUUGAUUUUUAUGUAUCCUGUCUGAUGUUGAGUGAAUCUAAGUUUGGAAAGUAUAUUAUCCUUUUCCA